AUGACCUUCGGGGGACACGUUCGAAAGGCUUGGAAUAAAACGGAUAAGACCGCAACAGCCUUUGCUAGACUCAUGCCCAAUACAGAGGGUCCUGGGCAGAAGAAAAGGGCUGUGAUGGCUAGCACAGUAGACUCACUUGUUUUGUAUGCAGCUAGCGCAUGGGCUCACGCGCUUCGAAUAAACAGGCGCAGAGAUAGGAUGCUAAAGACACAAAGGAAGAUGUCCCUGAGGAUCGCGCAUGCGUACUGGACCUUCGCGUUCCACGUCGCGGCUAAUGUGAUCGCCGGUGUGAUUCCGCUCGAUUUGAAAGUCGAGGAAAGAAAGGAAAUCCAGGUCCUAAUAAGUAGGGGGUUUCAAAUCGCAGAGGCGAAAAAUUUGGCUAGAAGGGAGACCAUGGCAAGAAAGAUGGCGGUUAACAACCAAUGCUGCGUGGACGAGAAGAAUAAUUCCGGAGGUGAAGACCUGGGUAAAUAG